CAUGGCUCCAGGGAACAAUCCCUGGCAUCCCAGGCUCGAAAGUUAGAACAAUCUGCAGCAGUCACCUCCGCAGACAGAAAACAGCCCCGUUCAGUUGGCACAUCCCCUAAUAACAGUGCCAGAGGAGAGCAGUGUAGGCACUAGGACCAAGGAGGAGCCCCUCACUCAGUGGCAAGUACAGGAUUAAUUGAAGGGGUAGUUUGGCAAGACUGCCCUUGAUGAACGACUGGAUUCAAAGGUCUCUAUUUCAGAAAACUUUCAACGGCUAAGUCUUGUUGCUGCUCAGGGCUGAGCUCGUUAUCACUUGGGUGACGGGAAGCUCGUUCCUGAAGAGGGUUUGUUCAGAGAAACGGUGAUCCUGAUAGCUGAGCUCAUUGCACAUCUCUCCUAGCGUCUCCUGACAAUGCAGAGCAUCUAUUGAUAUUGGGAGGAAGACACUCUGACAGAAUGGAAGAUCUGUGUGAGCUACAGAGACCUCUGUUAGGAAACCAGAUGAAUAGCAAACCGUUUACUCAUGUACUGCUUGGUGGAACCUCAGCCCAGGAGGGGCCUAUAUCUCCCCAUGGCUGCUUGCCGAUCUGCAGCCAGCGGGGUCUGGGCAACUCUCCCAUCAGCAUGGACUUCCAUUCGGUGCCACAGCUCCUGGACACAUGCUCACUGCAGAACACUGUGGAGUCUGUCUACUGUCCAAUGCCUCGUGUAGAUCCAAGGAUCUGGGCAAGCCUCAAACACUGCACCGAGACCACUUUCAUUGAGAACAGGCCCGGGGAUCAGGAGAUCAGAAAUUCCAUGGAGCCCAAGGUUCUGGAAUUGGAUGGCAAGGCAAAAGUUCCGACCGUCUCAAUUGAUGUGGAAGACCUUUCAUUUCCGGAGACACAGAGUAAUUACUACAAUGACGGAGACAGCGAUAGUGACAGUGACAGCACACUCUCAUUCAACAUUCCCCAGGAUUACCUGGGACUUGCCAUCUUCUCAAUGCUCUGUUGUUUCUGGCCAAUGGGAAUUGCUGCAUUUUACUUAUCACAGAAGACCAGCAAAGCCACAGCCAAAGGGGACUAUCGGCAGGCCAGCUCAGCCUCCAGGAAAGCUCUGUGCACAGCCAUCUGUUCUAUUGCUCUUGGGGUCUGCACCUACAUUGGAGGCAUGGUGGCUCUGGUGAUAUACAUGGCAAAGAACGGCCACUCGUAGUACUGGGGCCUGGCAUGUGAGCUGAAAGUGACAGGAGAGACUCACUGGACAAUUUUCUGACUCCCGCAUGGCUGUGAUACUAGUCAGUCCAUCAGGAGAAUCAGCUACCAUCUGUCUAAAGAUAACCAACACACUUGGCUGCAGGGAAUGAAUGGAACUCAAGCUCUUUUGUGGAACACCUUGCUACAGUAGUACAGCCAUUUCACUGAUCCAACAAUUGGUUCGAUUGACAAUAAAUGGAAGGAUUCACCUUCAGACAGCCUGGACUAAAUCCAGGAUCAGAGUUCUCCAUCAUGUUGUAUGUUCAUAAUCAUCUGUAACAGAGUUUCAAAAGUCUGAUUAUGGUUUCAAGUCUCACUCCAGAUUUGAGUACACACCCAAUGCCAAUACUGGGAGCGUAAUACACUGCCGGAGCUGUUACCUUUAGAGUGAGAUAUUAAACUAACACCCGUUCUCAGAUGGCUGUAAGAGCUACCAUGGCACCAUUAAGAACAAGGAAGUUCACCUCGAUUGUACUGACUCAUGUUUGUGCAUCAUCUGCUGAUCAGAAAUAGGUAACCGGGUCAUUGUCAUGUGGGAGCUUGUGGUACGCAAAUUGGCUUGUGUAUUUCCCACAUAACCACAGUGACUAUUUCAAAGCACGUAUAUGGAGUAUAAAUAUACUGAGAUAUUGUUAAUUCCAAGAUGCUAGUUAGAGUGCACCUGCAGUACUUUGUUAGCUUCCAAAACUUGCAAAAUAUUGGCAGCCAAAGUAAAACAUUUCUGGAACUAGAGUGCAACUCCUCUGCAAUCAAGCACAUUGAAAGCAAACCCACAGGCUCAGCAGACUUUUUCUAGAGCUCUACAUCAAGGGCUCAUUUUUUUUCUCCUCCCCCCAGUGCCAGAAACAGAUACAUUAACUGCACUCACUUGCUGCUGCUAAUCAUUUGGAAUAGACUGCAGCAACUAAGAUAAGUGCAAGAGCUAAAAACUUUUCGAUUUCGAGGCAGGGUGUUUGGCACAGACGUGAAUAAAGAACCGGGCAAUCUACAUUUGAACUAACACUAAAUUUACUGAAAGCACUUUUUAAAUGAGAAAUAUGACAUCAACUACACUCACUAUCAUAAUAUUGCACAAGGUUUUUGUUUGGACAUUUCGUUCUGGAGAUGUGGGCGUAAUUAGCAAUGUUGAUAUUUAUGGCUUAUCCCUAGUUACCGUUGAGUAGGUAACAAUGAUGGUUUCCUUCUUAAAGAGUUAUUGUCUUUUGUGAAGGUAUGUCCAUGAGAUAUUAGAGUGUUAGGGUUUGGACCUAGUGAUGAAGAAGGUACUUGAUAAUACCUUAUCCAAAUCAGGGGUGUGAGCCAUGGUGGUGGUGUUUUCUGUAGACUCACUGACCUUGACCUUCUUGGAGUUUGAGGAGAUACUGUGAAUAAAUCUUUACUAAAAGAUGCUGUGUGUCUUGGUAACACCAUACAGCUAUGGUGGAGGCAUAAAUUAUAAUAAUCUCUAUUAAUACCCAACCCCAUGGAGGCCAUAAUAUGCAUUCACUCUUUCAGGGGGAUUUGAGGAACUUUGUUAAACCCAAGCAGAGAAUCAUAGCUCAUGUUGAAGACCAGUCUACAUUAAAUACAAAAAUUACCCCCUUGCAGCUUCACCAGUUUCAAUAAGGUCCACUGCUAAAUCUUACCCCUACCAUACAGCAGUGUUAUCCUAGGCAUUAUGAUUUGGAUCCCCUGCAACAGAGUGCCCCAGGCAACAUGCACCCCAGGGACAGUGAGUGCCCCAGGCAAACCGGUGUGCACAUCAGGGUAAGCCAGCAGCCAGGCAGCCCGCACCCUGGCCAAAUCAGGGGAGAACAAUGCCUCAGGGAACACGCACCCUCGGGAGAGACAGCAGAUGGUCAGGCCCCACCUUGGGGAUAGUGAGUGCCCUCAGCAAACUGUACCCUGGAGACAGUAUCCUGAGUAAUGUGCACCCUGGGGUGAGCAGACAUCCCGGCUGCCUGUACCCUGGAGACAGUUGGCACCAUCAGGAUGAAGACAGAAAACUGGCACAAGGCUGCUUUUUCUGAAGGGUCUAGGCCCGAAACGUCAGCCUUCCUGCUCAAUCUAAUGCUGCUUAGCCUGCUAUGUUCAUCCAGUUCCACACCUUGUAAUAUUAAGGCGACUACUCUGUUGCUGAGAUACAGAAGGCAGGAACAGCCAUUUAAAUCUGACAUGAAAGUAGUGAUCCCAGGGCUGGCAUUUAGACCAGAUUUGCCAAUGACUGCAAAUGAAUAAACAAACUAGAAUUUUAUUUGUUGUAACUACUAUUUCUGAGACCUGAACAGAAUGGAAAUUGUAGAAUUAGAUGAAACAAAACUGUAAUUCUUAAGCAUUAAACUUUAUUUUU